ACAAAAAAAAAAAAAAAACUGACGUGCCCCAGUCAUCCAAACCUUUUGAAAUCUCUUUGCCUUUGCAUACUCAUAGGCACUUUGCUUGUGGUGCUUCUCACUCUUCCAUCUCUAAACACGGCAACUCCUAUUCAUCCUACAAAACCCAGCCUCAGUUGAGACCCUUCCUAGGUUCUGUAUUCACCCUUUCUAUAUCCACCUAAGAGAAUACCCAUCAGAUGUGUAAUUACCUGUCUACCUGACUAUUUCCCCUACCAGACUGUGAGUGUCCAGAGGCCAGGAAAUGUGUUUUAUUCAUCUUUUAUCCCCAGUACUUAGCACGAUAUUAACCUGACACAUAGCAGGUGUUCUGGUUAUGAUGUUGACCAAGAAAGAUGACAGCAGUGAAAGAGACAUCACGUUGAGGGGAAAUUUUUAGGGCAUUUUGCUCGUUCUGGUGUGGCAGAGAUGUAAGCAUGUGCACAGAUGGAAAACUGGAAGAGGCUGAGGUUCUAGAAAACAUAAGACAUAAUUGGUAAGAUCAGGCACGAGAGGUAACAGGAAGGGAAUGAGGACAGCAGUGUCAUGAGAUGGCCCCCAUCACACUAUCCAGGGGCAGGAAGGGAGGGGGAUGAGACGCAGGUAAGGUGCAGGUAAUGGAAACAGAACUUACGUCUGACGUGGCCCGGCAUUCUUUGUCCCUGGAGACCCGUUCUGCACCUGACAGAAAUGAGCCAUUCGGUAAAUCGUUGUUAAGUAAGUAAAAAAUGAGGUUGGGGCAGGGAACUUGCACAGGGUAGAACAGAAUGUAUUUCUGAGGCUACGCGGGUUCCCGGGACUCCUGACUAGAGGACCCCGAUGCAGUUCAGCUCUGGGGAAGGAGUCAGGCGCGGGGGAGACAGGGCCCAGCCUUCCCUGUCGGGCACGCACCCCACCAUCUCCAGGGGCCUCAUUAGAGAUGUUUAGUUGGGUAGGUGUAAGCCCAGGCCCCGGGAGACAGGGCAGAACACCAGAGCCACACUGCCUCCGCCCCUUCCGUAGCGGCUGGCCCUGGUUGUGUUGCUAAGAGCUUCGGAAGCCAAAGACGGAGGCAUCACAGCCGGAGGCCGAGGGCGGCUUCUUCCAGGCAGGCAGGACCAGCCCGCACCUCCUGAAGGCACCUGCAGGCAGAGGCCCUGGGCACCCAGGGCACAGUGCACAGAAACAUGAGCCAGAACAGCAAAGUGAAGACGACAGAGUCCAGCCCCCCCGCCCCGUCCAAGGCCAGGAGGCUGCUGCCCGUGCUGGACCCAUCUGGGGACUACUACUACUGGUGGCUGAACACCAUGGUCUUCCCAGUAAUGUACAACCUCGUCAUUGUCGUGUGCAGAGCCUGCUUCCCCGACUUGCAGCGUGGUUACCUGGUGGCCUGGUUUGUGCUGGACUACACGAGCGACCUGCUCUACCUCCUAGACAUCGCGGUGCACUUCCACACUGGAUUUUUGGAUCAGGGCAUCCUGGUGGAGGACAAGGGGAGGAUCUCCCGUCGCUACGUCCGCACCUGGAGCUUCCUCCUGGACCUGGUGUCCCUGCUGCCCACAGACGUGGCCUACGUGAGUCUGGGCCCGCACGUCCCCACGCUGAGGCUGAACCGCUUCCUGCGGGUGCCGCGCCUCUUCGAGGCCUUCGACCGCACGGAGACCCGCACCGCCUACCCCAACGCCUUCCGCAUCGCCAAGCUGAUGCUUUACAUCUUCGUCGUCAUCCACUGGAACAGCUGCCUGUACUUCGCCCUGUCGCGGUACCUGGGCUUCGGGCGCGACGCCUGGGUGUACCCCGACCCCGCGCAGCCUGGCUUCGAGCGCCUGCGGCGCCAGUACCUCUACAGCUUCUACUUCUCCACGCUGAUCCUGACCACCGUGGGCGACACGCCGCUGCCCGCGCGGGAGGAGGAGUACCUCUUCAUGGUGGGCGACUUCCUGCUGGCCGUCAUGGGCUUCGCCACCAUCAUGGGCAGCAUGAGCUCCGUCAUCUACAACAUGAACACCGCCGACGCCGCCUUCUUCCCGGACCACGCGCUGGUGAAGAAGUACCUGAAGCUGCAGCGCGUCAACCGCCGGCUGGAGCGGCGCGUCAUUGACUGGUACCAGCACCUGCAGAUCAACAAAAAGAUGACCAAUGAGGUCGCCAUCUUAAAGCACCUGCCUGAGCGGCUGCGGGCAGAAGUGGCCGUGUCUGUGCACCUGUCGACCCUGAGCCGGGUGCAGAUCUUCCAGAACUGUGAGGCCAGCCUGCUGGAGGAGCUGGUGCUAAAGCUGCAGCCCCAGACAUACUCGCCAGGCGAAUACGUCUGCCGCAAGGGGGACAUCGGCCGAGAGAUGUACAUCAUCCGAGAGGGUCAGCUGGCCGUGGUGGCUGAUGAUGGUGUCACGCAGUACGCCGUGCUUGGCGCAGGGCUCUACUUUGGGGAGAUCAGCAUCAUCAACAUCAAAGGGAACAUGUCUGGCAACCGGCGCACAGCCAACAUCAAGAGUCUGGGUUAUUCGGACCUGUUUUGCCUGAGCAAAGAGGACCUGCGGGAAGUGCUGAGCGAGUACCCGCAGGCCCAGACGGUCAUGGAGGAGAAGGGCCGGGAGAUCCUGCUCAAGAUGAACAAGCUGGACGUAAACGCCGAGGCGGCCGAGAUCGCCCUGCAGGAGGCCACGGAGGCCCGGCUGCGCGGCCUCGACCAGCAGCUGGACGACCUCCAGACCAAGUUCGCUCGCCUCCUGGCCGAGCUGGAGUCCAGCGCCCUCAAGAUCGCCUACCGCGUCGAGCGGCUGGAGUGGCAGACCCGGGAGUGGCCCCUGCCCGAGGAGCUGGCUGAGGCCGACGACGAGGCCGAGCCCGGGGAGGGGCCGUCCAAGGAGGGGGAGGGCAGAGCUGGCCAGGAGGGACCCCAGGCCCAGAGUGACCCGGGCCUAUCCCGCGACCCCCCCGCCAAGCGGAGUCCCGACUUGUAGGAAAGCCAGCCUGCAGACACUGCCAUCCUGCCCGCUCAGUUACGGAGAAGGCAGGGGACUGGGUCUGCAGAGAUGCGGGUACACGUCACCCCUCGCUCCCCAGCACACACGGGCACACACACACACACACACACACACACACCAGUUGCACAUAGACGCACCUGCCGCAAGACUGUGCAUUUCAAGUAAAAUGCUCUGGAGUCCCCCUCUCAGAGCACACAUGCUUUCUCACGUGGGUGUGUCUUAUACCCAUAUCAUAUACACACUUGGAGUCACACGCCAGUCUCACGGAUGCCCUGCACAGGUUUGCACACACAGGUGAGCCCACAGAAGCUCUCCCAGAGCCCUCUGGUUCCCAGGUAGCUUGUAAAUGCCUCUCCCUAUGGGGGGCCGACAAGGGUGCCCUGCGAUUGUGCUUCAAUAAAGUAUUUGCCUCUUCGCUAAGCAUUUCUGGGGCUGACUGGAUAAAGCAAAGCCAGGGAAUCCUGUCUGAGGUCUGAGUUCUGAUUUCCAGGGGCAAGGGGCAUGGCUUGGAUUCAAAGAGGCAGGGCUCCCUGAUGAUUCUAGAAGUGGUACUGAGCCCAGGCAAAGCAGGCUUCUGCAUCACACUGCUACAAAAUCACAUGCUUUCAGAGACCUACUCACGCACACUGACCACUGCCUCUUACAGCCCCUUGAGCUCUGAGGGGAUGGAUCUAGCGUGGGCAGUCAGAGUCCGACCCCUGCCCCUUCUUCCUUUCUUUGGUUCCGCCCUGGGGCCAGGGCUACCUUGCACUCAGGACUGAUUCC